AUGCGCUUCGCACAGCUCAGUGACAUUGCCGGCCCCCUUGGUGAUCUUGAGCAUGUCCGGACACUGCUGGGAGCUGGUACGGAGCUGGACGCAAACACCUUGUACUGGCUGACGGAUGCCACGCCGCACGAGUCCAUGGUCCUGGAGGAGUCCACAUACCGUCAAUACUUCCGGCUGGUGACCAGCGAGGUCUCCAUCUGGUACAGUGCACACUCCUCGGAGAAUCCCACGGGAGUCCGCCCAGACCCGAAGGUGACGCAGGUCGUCGCUCAUGACAAGUUCCUGGACCUUGCACGGCAGGCGAGACUCCUUUCAGAAUCUGACUUGCGGAAGGAUGAGGUUUGGGAUCUCCAUGCCAAAGAGAGGGGCGAGGGCACCGAAGGGGAGGAGAUUGAUGCCCUCCUUGACCGGCUUAAGCUGGACAUUCGCUGA